CUCUGAUAAGGAAGAUUUCACAGGGAACAUGACCCAAACCACUGACUGUUUACCUGAGUAGAUACAGGCAACACACAGGGUUUUGUCCAUUAGGUGCCAAACUGAACAAAAUGGACUGGAACAUGGACUACCUGGACUUGUCCACAGCAACCUUUGGGUUGCUAGCUGUUCACGUUAUACGGCCGGGACAACCACACUACUUUUUUUUUUUGUUGCCUUAUGUAACCUUGGGUGUUAUGUAACCAUACCAAACGUAACACGUCAUACUAAUAUGAGUAUCCCGGAUAUAUGUUUACUAUGUUACGCCUAGUCUAUGAGACCAGGCUGUCCAAUAAGAAACACGUAUUGUUUUAAAAAGUUUCCUAUUGCAUUCCCUAAUGAACAUGGUCACGCUCCAUUUCUCAGUCUCCCUCUUUCUCACCCUGUCUACCAUUUGCAUGGCUCUCUGUGCGUGAGGCUGUGUUUAUAUCAUGAUUAUAACACUGACUAAAGUUGGGAGCUCUGCAUUAACAUUUACACUACAAUCUACUAUGUUGUCCUUUUUUUUGCCUUUUGGAUGAGUGUGGUAUAUAAGAUACAGAAUUUGGGUAGUAGAGAAUUUUGUGAACCAAGCGUACCUUUAGUCUAGCAUUUGUUUUUUUAAAUAGGUCCAUUCUGCGUGGAUAGAAUCUAGUCUUUUUAUAAUAGGAGCACUGAUUAUCUUGUUUCCUGAUGAAACGGUUCUCUGAUAUAUUUGCUAUUUUACCAUUUCCACUACGUGUAGAAUACAUCCAGGUUAUUGACCUAGGGGCGAUGACAUCAAGCAACAAAUAUUUUACCUUGAAGAAGCUUGUUUUGUUUAAAUGCAAUAUGUAGCCUUUUUCCGUCUGUAUAGAGUGUGGUUUUAAAUGGAUGGGUGAAGGAGAUAAGUAUGUGGGUCGCAAGGUGGGGGGUACAGUAGCUAGGGCCUUGCUAUUGCUGCUGGGGGGCAGAGGAUCGUUCAGCUCACAUGACUGGGCUGUGACUGAGUUGGGUCUUGUGUGUUCAUCUGGAUCUGUGGUGAUGAGUGAGAGGGGAGUGACUACUCAGUGCUCUCUUUGUGGCGAGACAUUCCCUGGGUCAUCCUCUCUUCCAGCUUCUUUGAUCCAGGAGGAAAGUCUCUGGGCCAGGAUUUGGAGACCUUAGCUGGCUACCUCUUCUGGACCUCAGUCAUCGGGACCUGGAAUGAGAAGAGGAUUCCACACCAGUAUAUACAGCGUGGAUGUCGGAUGGAGAUUGGAACCCAUAGAUCUGUAACUUUUGUAUCUGGAAACUAGUUGUUGGAAAUGAACUCAACUCUCUUUAGAAUGGUUUCUGUCUGAACGGGAUCUUUUUCUUGAAACUCAUUUUUGUCAGCGUGGAGGCAGGAUCUCAACAGAGUGAGAAUCGUGGGUGUUCACCAGCUCUGUGAGUGCUUGAUAAACGUUUUCUCUUUACUCCUGUGGAUAUUGUUUUGGAAUCAAACUCUGAGGGCGUGACCAGGGUUCCAGGUCCGAACCUUCAUCCUACACCACUGGGUCACCUAUCCUCAGCAGGGAACUGGUAGACAGAAAGAGGUGGAUAUAGUGCGUUGGACCAACUUCACCAGUUGGAGAGGACAUUUUUUUUUUCCUUCUUACCUGUCCUGUACCUGGAUAGGACUUGAGAAACGUGAUGGGGGCUGCCUUCAAGAGGUUCUGUGCUCGGUUCUGUUGCUGCUGCUGCUUUAGCGAUGAUGAAAGUGAGGAGGAGAAGGAGCCUUUAAUCAGUCCUGACACUUUGGAGUACUUUGACCGCGAGGCGAAGAAACGAAGGGAGCAGGAGCAGAACCUAUGGAGUGAGCCAGGCGACCCGAGCCACUCCGAGAGAGACGAUGACCGGAUCCUGUACAACCUCAUCCAGAACAGGAACCAGACACGCAGGGGCUCGCUGGCACACCGGCGUCUGAGUGUGGACAUUGAGGGUAUGAGAGAUCUGCGUCGGGAGGUCAGAGACAAGUGGAAGAUGAUCCUGGAGAAUUUAGGAUUCAUGGCGGAGGCGGAGUCUCUGCUGACUGUGUCUGCCAGUGCGUCGUAUGACCGUAUGAAGAACGCCUCGGCGUCACGCACACUACUGCACACGCUCCACUCUGAGACAUCCAUCUUUAACACCCGGGAGGCCCCACCUGAGAGAUACCUCUUCAUCCUGGAUCGUCUCAUAUACCUGGAUGCUGCUGAGGACUUCUUGGCGAAGGCGAGACGCUUCUACCCCAAGCGUGAUACUGAUGAUGAAGAUGAGGACAACCCAUUAGCAGUCAACCUGCCGUUGCUACUGGCCAGAGUGAACCGCACCAUGAACAGAGAAGGGAGCGACGAUGAGGACAAGAGGCUGGAUGAGGAAGAUGGGAGCGGAAGAGAGGAGGACAACUUCUAGACGGAACAGGAGCUGCAAUGGCCUCAGACAGUAGACAGGGGGCAAUAGUUAGUCGAUUAUGUUGCAGAGUUGGGAGUAUACAAGGACUAGGAUGUCUGAUUCUGAAUAUACUCUGUUGAAAAUACUCUCCCAAUUUGCACUAACACUAGGGGCUCUAUUCAAUCUGUGUUGCUGAAGUGUUACAAAUUGUGCGAUAGAAAUGUUAAGGUAAUUUCCGACUGAACAGACAUAUGCCGUGUAUGCAGUCUCUGCUAACACGGGAACAUUGCCUUCACAUUUCAAUCACGCUGUAACGCUGAACUUCCGCCAUACAAACUGAAUAGAUCCCGAGGUUUGAACAAAAAUAUACAGCUUUCCUUUCACCUCAUCAGAACCGUGAUCCAAUAUGAUUCUUUUUUUCUGUUUAGGCAGACUUAGCUGGGUCUCAGGUAUAUUAGGGAGAGUUUGAGGUUAUCACCCUGCCAUUUUUUAAAAUCCAUCCAGACAGUGUUAGUUACCCAACUCCCUGGGUCUGUUCAUUAUUGGUCUCCGCCAGGGAACACAGUGGACACAGUUAAACACAGCACUGAAACCCGUAGGGCACAGCUGUCCUGUUCCACAUCAGCACUUUGUCUCAUGAUUAUCAGCACUUGUUUUAUCGAGUCACAAGACAGUCUUUUAAAACCAGUAGCUAAGAUUACCUUGGAAUAAAUGUGUGUUAAACCAAUUAAAUCAUUUGGAGUUGUCCAUUUAUUUAACGGACCAUGCUUAUCAAGAGGUACUAGUGUAUUUUUUUGUUCAUGAAGUUUACGGAGAUGAGUUUAGUAACAAAAUGACAACUUUGAAUGAGUGUGUGUCUGUGUGAACAGUGGAGGUUGCAGUAUGUGGGUAUCUAAUGGUCACUUUAAGUACAUGUCAAGAUUAUGAGAGUGUUUGGGAUGUUUUGGUGAGUUGAAGGGGAUGCAGCAUGUGUCUUUUGUUCUAUUGUAAAGUUGAUAUGGAAAAUAAAGUGGCAACCUGAUACUGCA